AUGUCAGACUAUGUCCCCACCGAUUCCGAGAGCGAGCAAGAAACCCGUGACACCACCCACUCACCAGACCGACCCCAACCCCGCCCUCCUCCUCGCCAGACCCAAUCCCAGCGGAGUCAGGCUGGUCCGAUCCGUGGAUCGACCCCGCGAGCUGGUCGCCAGCCUGCCCAAUGGAUCCCACCCUUGAGGGGUUCGGUGGCCGCAGCGGCGAGGGCGGCGGCGGCUGCAAGCCGGCGAGCCACUAGCACUACACCAGCUCCGACCCAGCAGGUCAGGCCCGUCAGGGCAGCCGCUGUGCCCACCUUUGGGUCCACUCCGGGGCCGGACCGCCGCACCGUAUUAACCUCGGAAACUCUUGUGGACCCGGAAGAAGUGCAGGUCACCGCGUUCGAAGGCUUCCCCAAUGGCAUCAUCAACAUGGAUCAUGUUGAUGACCCACUUGAUGAUGAGUUUGUCCAGGAGCUCGAGGGGCUGUUUGAACUCAGGCGAGGUUAUGCUCGUGUCGGGGAGUCGCUGGCAUAUGUGGCACCCCCCCGGCAGUACGCCAUCCACCUCUACAGCCAGCUGGCCAUACUGCAAGCAAUCGAACGAUCUCGGAGUGAAAUACUUGCGGCUCCGCGUGCACCUGCGGCACCUGGGGUCACGCCGGCGGACCAAGCUCGAAGUUUUCCGUAUGCCCCAGUGUUCAAGGACUUCGUCAAACGACAGGCUCGUGAGCUCCUCAUGAGCAAGAACCUGAAAGUCUACGGGUCUGAUGUCCCUCGUGGCUCGCCGGCCACACUCAAGAGUUUGUUGGUAUUGGUAUUGGAUCACAUCAAUGGCCAGCCCGCAAGCUUCAAGCGAGAUUAUCUACCUCGCGGAUAUGCAGACGGUGAUCCAGGGGCAGUUGCUAGCGUUGAUAGCCUUGUAAGGAGUAAGUUGCGGAAGAGUCGUGGCAUUAUGCGAGACUUGAUGCGGACGAGUAUGACUCCAACGCUUCCAAACAGCACUGCUCUCGUCGCCGCGAACACUCAAGAGGCCCGGGGCCAUCAGACACACUUGAAGGCCCGACUUGCUUACCUCCGCAUAUUGACGAUUUUUCAUUGGGUCGCCAGGGGUCCCCGUGACGCCGGACGACAGUGGAGGAAUAUUGACGAACACUUGCGACAUUUGGAUGGGAUGGGAAGAAGCUAUCGCACUGCAUUUUUCCGUCUUAUUCUGAGGCUGGACCGAGCCCUGUUCAAUGGUGAACAAUUUUUCGCCGGAAUGGACACCAACACCAUCAAGCUCCCCACUGACCAGGAGGUGGAGAGUUUGAUGGAAACCUCGGGUGACAAUGGUGACGAUGCCGAGCUCGAUGACGCUACAUUGGCUGGGCCCUGA